AUGGAAGUUGAUACUCAUAUAGUGAACAACAUAAAAUCAGAACCUAGUACUAGCUCAGGCUCGGGCACGUGUUCCGAAGUGUUAUCAACUAAAUUAGGACUUUGCGAAGUGUGUGCAUACCAUGAUGGAAAAUAUACCUGCCCAAGAUGUGAAGUAAAAACUUGUUCUUUAAAAUGCAAUAAAAUACAUAAAUUAGAAUUAGAAUGCAAUGGUGAAAGAGACCGAACGAAAUUUAUCCCCUUAAAUAAAUUUACAAACUUAGACUUGACUAGCGAUUACAGAUUAUUAGAGGAAAUCUCUAGAUCAUUAGAAACGUCUAAGAAAAAUUUUGGAAACCGUUGGAAUAAUAUACCACAUGGAUUAAUAAAAUUAGGAAACGCUGCAAAUUCACGAAAAAUUAAAUUAAAAUUCUUACCAUUCAAGUUUGCUAGGCGUAAAAACAACACGACACGCUUCCACCAAAAAUCCAAUCAAAUUUUUUGGCAUAUCGAAUGGGUUUUUGUAAAUGCUGACAAUUUAAAACUUUACGAUUCAAAUAUACUGGAGACUGAGAAGCUCAAUUCAAUUUUGGAAAAAUACCUGACUAUAGCAGAUGAAUCUCAAGCAGAAGUAUUCCAGUAUUAUCAAGCAGCUGGACUGGCUGGAAUAAAACUUUUAUUAAAGGCUGAACAGAAAGCUGGUAAAAAGUUUUAUGAGAUUGAUGGAAACAUGCAGUUGAAAGAGUGCCUUCAAAAAAAAUUAAUUAUUGAAUAUCCUACCAUACAUGUAGUCCUAAAGGAUCAUGGAAGUGGCUAUAAUAUAAUUGAUUCUGGUUUUUGGAUUUUCAUAUGUUAAGAGGGAAAAUGAGGUUAAGAAGAGAAAUGAGGAAAAUGGGGGAAAUUGGGGAAAUGAGAGAAAUGUGUGGAGAGUGAAAGGUUGUAUGGUAGGAACUUGAAAAUUGGAAUUGUAGGUAGGUACUCUUCAUAAAUAAAUAGACAUGUUUCAAAGUAUUUGGAUAUUACAUAUUAAGGAAGGAAACAAAGGGUGAAAUAUUGAAUAAGACUUUCUGUUUUUUAAUUGUAGAAAUUUUAAAAUUGGAAUUGUACCUACUCAUCAUAAGUAAACAAUGACGUAUUUAAGGUUUUUGGAUUUUCACAUUUUAAGGAGAAAGGAAAAUGGGGAGUAUCG